CUAUAGUACAUCAUCUACGUAUAUCUACAAACUAAUCGACGUCUUUAAAACUAGAAUAAUUUUUAAAACUAGAGCUUAUAGAUCGUAAACAACAUAAGUACAAGAAAAGUUAUUUUACGCAAAUUAGAUAGUAUUAGGUUAAUAUUCCGUCUUGUCUGAAGAUUAUGUGUGAAAUAAAAAUAGUUGAUGAUUUUAUGAUAUUUAUUAUCUUAUAGUACUUUAUAGAACUAUGAAGGUGAAUAGUACUAUAAGUAAAAAUUUAAACUUGCCGUGUUGAAAUACUGGCUGUCAUAAGUGUCAAUUUGAUGGCGAAUUUGAAGUCCUUCCAAAUUGGUGUAAUUUUCUCAUAAGAUUGGUGGUGCUCGUUAUUAAUAUUUUUGACGAUAUUUUAAAUAGUUAUUAAACGUUACAUCGGUUUCGCUUCUUAUUUACUCAAAAUUACUGAGUUGUGUUGUUUAAUUAUACAUUCGAAAUUCCUAGACUGUUGUGGUUUUUUUACAUUUUUUUUACAAAUUUUUAGCAUGUUCUAAUUUAGAAUCAUUCGGCAACAAAUACUAUAGUAACGUAUUUAUAUAAGUAAUUUAAAAUGGCAGAUUCCGCCAGUGAAUCAGAUUCUAGUAGCAUUGAUGGUGGUCCCAUAAUGAUGCCACCCAGUCCCAUUACCAGGGAACAACUUCAGAAGCGCAUCGAAAGUCUUCAACAACAAAACCGGGUGCUUAAAGUGGAAUUGGAAACUUACAAAUUACGCGUAAAGGCAUUGCAAGAAGAAAACAGGGAUCUUAAAAAAGCAUCUGUCAUAAUACAAGCAAAAGCUGAACAAGAAGAGGAAUUCAUCUCAAAUACCCUCUUAAAAAAGAUCCAGGUGCUCAAAAAAGAAAAAGAGACACUUGCUCACCAUUAUGAGAGGGAAGAAGAAUGCCUAACAAACGACUUAUCCAGAAAACUCACUCAAUUGCGCCAAGAAAAAUGUCGCUUAGAACAGACUCUAGAACAGGAACAGGAGUGCCUUGUGAAUCGCCUCAUGAGAAAAAUCGAAAAACUGGAGGCUGAAACAUUAGCUAAGCAGAGUAAUUUGGAGCAGUUACGUCGAGAAAAGGUUGAACUAGAAAACACUUUAGAACAAGAACAGGAAGCUUUGGUAAACAAAUUAUGGAAACGCAUGGAUAAAUUGGAAGCUGAGAAACGCAUGCUGCAGAUUAAACUUGAUCAGCCAGUAUCUGAUCCUGCGAGUCCAAGAGAAAUCAAUAACGGCGAUACAGCCACUAAUUUGAGUUCGCACAUUCAAACACUUCGAUCAGAAGUGACUAGGUUACGUUCCACAUUAGCUAUGAGCCAACAAGAACACACUCAAAAGAUGCAGCGUUUCGCUCAAGAAGAGCGAAAUAUAAAAGAAGAAAAUUUGAGGUUACAGAGGAAGCUACAGCUUGAGGUAGAAAGAAGAGAAGCCCUAUGCAGACACUUGUCAGAGAGUGAGAGCUCAUUAGAAAUGGAAGAAGAGAGACAUUAUAACGAGCAAGUUUUGGGCGUUAGACAACAUACUGUAUCCCCAGUGCCAGUAGCUUAUAAUCCUUCUCCCAGUCAAAGCAGGCCAUUGAGUCCAGGUAUGAAUUCAAUGCAAUCACCUAGAGAUUCUCUGGUUGUGGGUCCUCCACGAUGCCAUUCAUGUGGACAGCUGAUAAAUCAUCCAGGUUGCAUUUCGUCAGCUUUGCAUCAUCCAGCAAAUUCUGGUAGUCCUCCGGCUCCUCAUCGAAGACCCAGCGAAAGAUUUAUAAAGCCUGCAAUACCGGCCGCACCUCAGCCAGCUAGUCCAAUGGACACAUCCGUGAAUAAAGACUAGUAAGAUGAAAGUGAUAUUUUAAUGUAAUUGUUCCUGAUAUAUUCAACAAUGAAAGCCCGACGUGAAGAAAUUGGCACGUUCUUAAACAUCUCUCCACUUGCAGAAGGAACAUCCACCAGAUCAGGAGCAGCUGAUUAUUAAUUUUUUUCUUAUAUUACUUUUUGCUUUGUCACGAUUUUUAUAUAAUAUAUAUAUAUCCAUGUACUUAUGCCAUUUUAAAUACAGGGGCUCUCCUAUUUCUGGCCUCGGAUUAAGGAUCUUUUUGUUUGAAUGUUUAUGCAGGAAAUAAGGAAACCAGCGAAAUACCGGGCAUUUGGUUAAAGUUUUAUUGUAUAGGGAUGUUGCGAUUUUAGAAUUUUUUUCCUCUGCAAAUUGGUUUUAAAUCGUUUUUUAAAUCUUUUAGUCGGUUUAUUACUGUGUAUAAAUUACUUUGUUUGCUAUUUUUGUUAUAUGAUUGAAAGAAUUGCCACAUUUUUUUUAGAAUUUUCUCUUUUUAAAAUUUUUUAAUAUUCUUUCUUCGAGCAUAGCAGCAGGUUUAAUGUUAUUAACCAUUGAUCGUGUUUCUGCUUUAUCAUGUUAUCUUGUUGCUUAAUUUUUGUUUGCCUGUUUUUUCCGUUAAUCUUUCUAGUGUUGUGUUUUCACAUUUUCUUAUGAAUUAUUUUUUUUUGUAAUACAUAUAAAUAAUAAUGAUGAAAAAAUUAUAAAUGUAGAUCUGGUUGAAGCCAUAGAGAUUUUCAGUACCAGAAUAGGGAAUUUGUAUAGUCAUCGAUUUUUUAAAAAGUCUUAAAUUUAUCUCCCAUUUAUCUGGUAUUCCGCUAGUUUGGCCUAAAUGUGACGCAAUAAAAAAUAUUUUUAGUAAAUCUGCCUCGUUGCCGAAAUUUUCUUGGCACAGCCAAUUUUUUUCUUCACAUUUCAUGUGAUAUUUAAACGUUAAACAAUGAAAAAUUUAGUUUAGAAGUAUUUUCUAUGAUAUUUUAAGUGAAGGUCAUUUUUCGAAAUGUAUUGAAAAUAGAGUAACUUUUCAAUGUGUAUGCUACAUUAUUUUAUUAAUAAACUGCAUUACUCGACACUUGAAUGAUGGAUA